AUGUGGUCCACUGUCGUCACCAUCGUUCAAGAUACAGCGAUGGUACUUGGGUUUGUAACCGUGAUAUUCUCUUUCCCCCUCACCAUCAUCGCCUGCGCAGAGUACAACUACCGCAAAAACAGACGUCUCUACGGUGAACAUUACCAACCUCCUCCACGAAGGCAAUACCAAUCGCCUCUACAGGCACACAACAUCAACCUCCGAACACUGACGACGAACGAGUUGCGCGAGAUAUCGCGUCAGGUACAGCGGGAAAUGGCGCGUCGUGAGCCGGUAUAUUAUGUCGAGGUGAGGCGGGAUGUGGGCGAUGUGAUUGGAUAUGAUGGAGAGGACAUCAUUGGUGGUGAAUACGAGUAUGUUCAAGUGAGACGGUGUGAAAGAGAGUGA